CGCCCUUCCAGGUAGCGUGGAAGAUGGCGGCUGCGUGAGGGGAGCGGCGCUUCAUUGCCUUCCGACCUCUUUUUCCGCCUCAUUUCCCGGGCGGGGACCGAUGAAGGCGGCGGCCGAGGCCUGAGGGGAGGCAGGAGCACCGCCGGAAGGGAUGCGGAGGCGGCGGAGGCUCCGCGGGGACGGAGAGCGGCUGGGCCGCGCCCUGAGCCUCGGGGCGGCGCUCUGCCUCUGCCUGGCGAUGCGGCCCGGAGGCGGCGAGGCGGCCCCGCUCCCGCCGGCAGGGGAGGUGGAAGUCACUGAAGUUCCUUUCUCAUUGAUGAUAGUCUCUGCUUGUAGCCUUAUCGUCCUAGUACUAUUACUUGUGAACUGUGUUUCCUGUUGUAAAGAGCAAGAGAUAAACUUCAAGGAAUUUGAAGACAAUUUUGAUGACGAAAUAGACUUCACACCACCUACAGAAGAUACCCCAUCUGUUCAGUCUCCAGCAGAAGUGUUUACCCUUACAGUCCCGAAUGUUUCUUUGCCAGCUCCAUCACAGUUCCCUCUUCCUCCAGAAGCACUGAAAUCUCAAGUUGUCCGUCAGAACUUGAACUAUAUUCAAGAAAUUGGAAAUGGCUGGUUUGGAAAGGUUCUGCUUGGAGAAGUUUACACUGGCACCAGUGUGUCAAGAGUCGUUGUGAAUGAAUUAAAAGCAAGUGCUGGUCCCAAGGAACAAGACCGUUUUUUGAGGCAUGGAGAGCCUUAUUUAAUUCUUCAACAUCCUAAUAUUCUCCAAUGUACAGGGCAGUGUGUAGAAGCUAUCCCUUACCUUUUGGUCUUUGAAUUUUGUGACUUGGGUGACCUAAAAACAUAUCUUUGCAAUGAAGAGAACAUUAAAGGAGACUCGCAAGUAAUGUUCCUGCAGAGGAUGGCCUGUGAGAUUGCUGCUGGACUCACCAUAAUGCAUAAGCAUAAUUUUGUGCAUGGAGAUUUAGCCUUAAGGAAUUGCUUCCUUACAUCUGAUUUAAAUGUGAAAAUUGGAGAUUAUGGAAUCGGAUUCAGCAGAUACAAGGAAGAUUACAUUGAAACAGAUGAAAAGAAACUUGUGCCUCUUCGAUGGACUGCACCAGAGCUGGUGACUAGCUUUCAGGACAGGCUUUUAACAGCUGAACAAACAAAAUACAGUAACAUCUGGUCACUGGGAGUGACGCUAUGGGAACUUUUCAGCAAUGCUGCAAAGCCUUACUCUGAUUUAUCUGAUGAUGAGAUCUUGAUACAGGUCAUAAAAGAAAAGCAGACAAAGCUCUUGGAACCAUGCCUUCAACAGCCGUAUUCUGAUAGAUGGUACGAAGUCCUGCAGUUCUGCUGGUUGUCACCAGACAAGAGAGCAACAGCAGAAGAGGUGCAUAAGCUUCUAACGUAUCUCCGUAUGCAAAGUCAAAGGGAUACAGUGCUUGAUCCUGAACACUGGAAUGAUCUCAAGCCAAAUACUUCAAACAGAGACUCCUCAAGUAAUUCUGCCUUCCCAAUCCUGGAUCCUUUCCCAGGGAGCAGGUUUGGCCAUGAGAUGGAGGAAGUCCUCACAGUAACUGAAACAAGUCGAGGGCUCAACUUUGAAUACAUCUGGGAGGCUGCCAAGCACGAUCACUUUGAAAGCCAGGUGGAUCCUGAUGAAAGGAUGAGUUAUACAAAUAUCUUCUUCCCCGUGGAAGUUUUUGAGAACACACUUAUGGAGCAGGGGCCUGGAGCGCAAGACGAAAGUGGGCAGGAAAUUGCACUUUGUGUGCCUGGUGAACUUCCUGUGUUCAAUGCUCAUAAACCUUCUGUUGGAAAUGAUUAUUAUAUCCAAUUGGAAGAGAAGAGUGGGGGUAAUGCUAUACAUUUUGAUAACCAGGCUGCUGUAUUGACAACAGAAGUGGACAGCCCUGAAAAUCUGAAAGACAAAAACAGUCAUGUCAUGGUUCUUAGAGAUUUUGCUACUGAAUCAACUACAGAAGGGGAUUUCUUGUAUAACACAGAUCCAAAGGCAAGAUACCGUCUUAAUGGCCCUGAAAGCCCUUUCCAAAAUACAUUUAGUGAUCUCAGCACAACUGAACAAUUCUCCAAUACCAGAAAUAGAUUUGAAUUAACUGAUAUAAAUGACAUUCAUGUGGCACUUGAAACAGUUUCUGACUCUGUUUUGGAGAAAUCUAAACGUGAUCACUCCAAGAACAUCAGUCCUAGAGCGACUUCAAAUCUUUCCUUGUUUGGGGAUACCAUACAGCAGACUGAUCUUCAUGUGCUGACUUCAGAAGAGCUGGCUGAUAAUUAUCUUUUUCUUCAAGAAAAGCAUUUAUUAAAGGGGGCACUGAAUAACAAAGCUGCUGGUGAUGUUGACGGUGAUGAUCUCAGAAGGGUAUUAGAUAUCACAAAUACACUAGAAUCACCAAAUACAGAUCCUUUGGGAGUUGAAUGCAGUGUUACUGGAAAUACCCCUGUGCAUGAAGAGGAGCGUUUUGUUCAGAUAGGUACAGAUAAACACACACGUUUUUCUGCUGACUCCCUUGUAUCAAAUCAGAUGGAUUCUAGCACACUUGUCAUAGAUAUUCAACACACAUCCCCUUUAUCAAAAGUUGAAAAGCCUCUUUCUAACAUAGGAAUUGAUAAUAAUGCCCCCUGCACUAUGGAUUAUUCUUACUUGGGAAAGGAUUGCCUCUCUGAAGCAGACUGUACUGAAACACGAUCCAUAAAUGCCAGAAGCCAAAUUGAUGAGGUCAGUUCCUCUGACAGCCCUUUGGUCCAUGCACAAGAGGCAGAAAGGCAAAGGAAAAACCAGGAACUUGAAAAUAAUUGUUGGGGAGAAUUGAUCCAUGAUUUGGAGAAUAAGCAGUUUGAAUUAGAACAAGAUGAUACAUACCCUCUGGAUCAAACUGAGGAAACUUUUGCUCAGAUCCAAAAAUUAAACUCAGAGGGUCUCCUCAAAGACGUCACUCUCUUGUCUGUCCUUCCUUCAGAUCGGACAAGUCAUGACAGUCUGCUGGAAGACAGUUUAUCAACUCCUCCUCAGAGCUCGGGGCAAUCUGUAGACACACCAGACUCAUUAGAUUCUUUAGAUGUGAAUGAGGUCUUGGUAUCUUUAGCAGGUCAGAAACUUUUGCCACCGGACAAACCUGCUGAUAGUGGCUAUGAAACUGAAAAUUUGGAGUCUCCUGAAUGGACCUCACAUCUGAUUGGCAGCAACUCUAGUGAAGUAACUGCUUUGUCCAGUGCAGAUGGCGAUCAUCUUUUGUGUAAUAACCCCAUGAUAAUUGUUUCAUCUGAUGUAAAUCCUGACUUGGAUGCAGCACAUAUCAUGGAUAGGCGUGAAGAGGUUUCCAAGUCUGUUUUUAGUGGCAUUCAGAAUUCGUAUAGAGAUUCAGCUUAUUUUUCUGACAAUGAUUCGGAACUAGAUAAGAAAUCUGAGGUAAUUAAGACAUCCACAGAACCAAAAGUACUUCUAGAGACCAGUGCUACCAGGAACUCUUUUGAAUUGGAAGAGAAUGUAAAUACUGGAAAUAGACCAAAUGAGGAUAGAAUAGUUGAUGGCCGGUGUUCUAAUAACUCAUGCUUACAGGUAGAAUUGGAUGAGAGGCUAGAGGGCCCUGGAAUUGAUGAAAGAAAGCAGAAAUAUUGCCAUAAAGGUAGUAAUACAACUGGGCUGCUACCUGUGGUGGAGGUAGAGACUGCUGCAGAUGAUGAAGUGGAAAUCUAUGAGGAGUCCCCCAUAAGUGUGUCUUGCACAGGCACCAAUACAGCAGACUUCCUCCCUGAGAGAGACCUAAAGCUUACACCAACAGAAAUCUUUGAAAAGUCCUUACUGGGUCACCUUGAAGGUCAUAAGUUGAAAGAACCAGAUGUUGAAGGGAAAUAUCUGGGUAAACUUGAUGUUUCUGAAAUGCUCAGUCUGUCAAUGGAUGGUGACGAUGCUGACGAGGAAGAUGAAAAUAGUGAUGAUUCUGAGGAUGACAUGAGAACGUUUCAUUUUCAUGGGCUCAGCUCUGACAGUGAUGAGGAAAUUAUGCACCAGGUUCCAGUGAUUCUCAUGGACCACGAUGAUGGCAGAACUUUAAGGGGCUUGUUGAAACAUCCAAAGCAAAUGGAAGAAAACAGGCCUGCUGAAAGUGUUCAGAAGAACGACAGGAAAGCAGUCACAUUCUUUGAUGAUGUCACUGUUUAUCUUUUUGAUCAGGAAACGCCAACCAAAGAGCUUGGAAACCAUACCACAGAAUCAAACCACUCAGACUCUAGUAAUGCUCCUGCUCCAGCUUCAGGCCUUGGCUACUUGAAUAAAUUUACAAAUUCCGAAAGCUCUACUGAUGAAGAAGGAGGGGGUUUUGAAUGGGACGACGACUUCUCUUCUGCAGAGCCCUCUUUUAUAUCGAAAGCUGCAAACAGCCUCAUUAGCUCCAAAUCAUCUCUUCAGACCUCAAAGUACUUCUCUCCUCCGCCACCGCCUCGAAGCUCCGAACAAAACUGGUCGCACCCCUUACCUUACUCCAGGUUCUCUAUCUCACCAGCAAACAUUGCAAGCUUUUCGCUCACUCACCUGACGGAUUCUGAUAUCGAACAGGGAGGCAAGUAUUUUCCUUUGAGCAGCAGUCCAAAGCAAAGCUUUCAGGCGUUGCUUUGUUAAAGGGCUUACUGAAAGAUGUU